ACCCGUGCUCGGGAUAGGCCCGCUGUCAGGUGAUGACGCGCUGCAGGACAGACGCAAGGGACAGUCGGGCCUGCGACGCCGGUCACUCUCAUUUAGAUGCAAAUCUGGAAGCAUCGAAUAGUUAGCUGACGUCAGGCAGGCCUCAGUGCACCUUUGGUUUCUUGUCAACUGGACGCAUCAUGUAAAGCUGGAGACGAACUGCAUUUCACGCUGGGAACCCAUUUGGACUAUAAAGAGCCAGGGAUCAACACAAACAGUUGACAGGGUCAAAAUGUCGCCGUGAGAUUGGCUGCAUUUACCCCGUCGCUGCUGAAACCACUUUUCAAACCUUUUUCUACAAAACAUGUACGUGGGAUACUUACUGGAUAAAGAAAGCGGAAUGUAUCACCAAGGGCCAGUGAGAAGAUCGAGCAUCAAUCUUCCUCCACAGAACUUCGUUUCGUCUCCACAGUACCCCGACUUUACAGGAUACCAUCAUGUGCCAAACAUGGAUACGCAUGCACAAUCCGGGGCCAGUUGGGGACCUUCAUAUGGCGCCCCAAGAGAGGACUGGGGUGCGUAUAGUCUUGGACCCCCUAACAACCUUCCUCCCCCCAUGAACAACACAUCUCCUGGACAAGUUCCCUACUGUUCGUCCGAGUACAGUCACAUGCACCCUCCAGGAUCUGCGGUGCUGCAGCCGCCGCCGGACAACGUUACUGUUGCACAGCUUUCGCCUGAGAGAGAAAGGCGCAAUUCAUACCAGUGGAUGAGCAAAACCGCACAAUCAUCUUCUACAGGUAAAACAAGAACGAAGGAGAAAUACAGGGUAGUGUACACAGACCAUCAGAGGCUGGAGCUGGAGAAGGAGUUUCAUUACAACAGAUACAUCACCAUCAGGAGGAAAUCUGAGCUGGCUAUCAACCUGGGUCUGUCGGAAAGACAGGUGAAAAUAUGGUUUCAGAACCGCAGGGCCAAAGAGAGGAAGCUGAUAAAGAAGAAGCUGGGUCAGUCCGACGGCAGCAGCGGGUCUGUGCACAGUGACCCGGGUUCGGUGAGCCCUCUGCCGGUGCCGGGCUCCCUCAGUCCCACGGAGAUCCACGGCUCUCUGUACCCUCCACAGGGAAUGAACACCUUGCCGUCUAUCAGGAAUAUCCAGCAGGUGACUGUGACUCAGUAGAGCCGUCCACGCGUGGACCGUCUGGUCUCUCCUAACUGAGCACUCCGACGCGCUGACAGGACACUUGAUGGGCAGCAGAAGGAUCUGAAAUCUUUUUUUUUUUUUUUUUUAAUAGCAAAGACUUGCUGGAGGCUCUUGAAAUAUUACUUUUAAUAGAAUAGUUCUAAUGAAGUGGGGGGUUUUAAGCGAAAGAAAAAAAAAAUGUCAUACUUAAAAAAAAAAAAACUUUAAUUUGUUUGUGAGUUUAUAAGAUAUAAAUAUGGUGCUUGUGUGACGAAGUGUAUGUGCUUGUUGGUAAUAUUUAGAGAGAAAAAAAGGGUCAUUCCAGUGAAGUUUCAGGCUGGAUAAAGAGCAGCUGAACCGAAGCGUUUACUUGACAAAUCAUUUCUCACUUGUUUUUAGCACAAUGCGGUGCACAAAGGGCAGCUGUUAAUGAUGCGGGUAUAUUGUCGUCUAAUGGCAACUUUAUAAAUGUAAAUAAAGUG